CCCUUCGGCCUCAUGAUGAUGGCCGGGGCCCACGGGACGAGAGGGCCACUCCUGCUCCUGCAGGGCGCUCUCCUCGGAUUCGUGGCAGGGAAAGAAGUCAAAUCGGCCCUGCAGAGCCUCACACCACCGAUGUCUCCCUCCGAUUUCCUAGACAAGCUGGUGGGCCGAACGUCCGGUUAUGAUGCUCGCAUUAGGCCCAACUUCAAAGGCCCGCCCGUCAAUGUGACAUGCAACAUCUUCAUCAACAGCUUCGGUUCAGUCACAGAAACGACCAUGGAUUAUCGGGUCAAUGUCUUUCUGCGGCAGCACUGGAAUGACCCCCGCCUGACUUAUUGGGAAUACCCUGACAACUCUCUCGAUUUGGACCCCUCCAUGCUGGACUCCAUCUGGAAGCCGGACCUCUUCUUUGCCAAUGAGAAGGGGGCCAACUUCCAUGAGGUCACUACAGACAACAAGCUCCUGCGCAUUUUCAGAAACGGGGGUGUGCUGUAUAGCAUUAGGCUGACUCUUAUCCUUUCCUGCCCCAUGGACCUCAAGAACUUCCCUAUGGACACUCAGAUAUGCACCAUGCAGCUGGAGAGCUUUGGUUACACCAUGAAUGACCUGAUCUUUGAGUGGGAGAAGGAGCAGGAGGCUGUGCAGGUGGCUGAAGGCUUAACACUCCCUCAGUUUAUUCUGCGGGAUGAGAAAGAACUGGGCUAUUGCACCAAAUCCUACAACACAGGGCAGUUCACCUGCAUCGAAGUGAAGUUCCACCUGGAGAGGCAGAUGGGCUACUAUCUGAUCCAGAUGUACAUCCCAAGCUUGCUGAUUGUCAUCCUUUCCUGGGUCUCCUUUUGGAUCAACAUGGAUGCUGCACCAGCCCGGGUGGGGCUGGGCAUUACCACUGUGCUGACCAUGACCACCCAGAGUGCAGGGUCUCGGGCAUCCUUGCCUAAGGUCUCCUACGUCAAAGCCAUUGAUAUCUGGAUGGCCGUCUGUCUGCUCUUCGUCUUUGCCGCCCUGCUGGAAUAUGCGGCGGUCAACUUUGUCUCGCGCCAGCAUAAGGAACUCCUGCGUCUACGGCGGAGCCAACGGCGGCAGAGGAUGGAAGAAGAGGUGGUCCGUGAGAGCCGCUUCUACUUCCAGGGCUAUGGACUGGGCCAUUGCCUGCAGCGCAUGAAAAGUGGGGCAGCCGUGGAAAGCCCCACCUGCAGCCCGCCCGCGCCAGCCUCCCUCCUGCGGGAAGGAGAAAUGCUCCGGAGGCGCUACAUGGAGCGGGCCAAGCGCAUCGACACCGUCUCCCGGGCCGUCUUCCCCUUCGCUUUCCUGCUCUUCAACAUCUUCUACUGGGUGCUCUACCGAGUGCUGCACCAAGCGGCCCCUUGAAGCCCAAGUGGUGGGACUUGCCUUGCUGGUGGCUUCCUUGGGAGCUUCUGGGCUGGAGGACAGACACGCCUUGAUUCCUUUCCCAAAUGCCACGCUGAGAAAUUUGGCAGACUUUGCAUAAGGCUCAGGUUUGCAAAAGAAAGGUAUGGGACAUGCACCACUGCUGAGCAUGAUAGGAUUUGGGGUGGCUGUAUUUCAUAAGGAGGAGCACUGGGGGGUGGGCGCCUUUCUUUUCUAGAGUUGUGCUUGAGGUCCAGGAAGCCUUGGAAGAAUUAAGGAACUGACGGGUGAAAAAGCAGCUUUGGGCCACCCAGGCUACCCUCCCUGCCCAGCUUUCCCUUACGGGGGUCCAGCUCCUAUUGGAACCCCCCCCCCAAGGGGAGCGCAUCCCUGCAAGAGUCUCACAUCACUUUGCAGCAAUUCCCAAGAGGAAAUCCCUCCGAGAGCAGCUUUUGUGGUCUGCUGAAGCCAAAGAUGUGCAGCUGCUCUAAGAGUUUCCGGCAGGGCUUUGGCUCCUGGUGGCCCCGAUGGCCCUGGGAGGGAGUGACCCUCUGAAGCCCCCGCUGCCCCCCUUUCCCACUUUGCAAAGCGGCAGCGGGCACCGUGGAACAAUUGCCUGCUGUGGUCUGGACACAGCUGCUCUUCAUGCAGCCCAAGAGGGCGUCGACUUCUGAGCAGCUGCAACGCGGGCUUUGCCCCUGUUCGGCCUGCGCUCUCUCGGUCCUCCUCACCUGCCAGUCCAGGCCUGCAGCCAGAGUCAGGAAUGGGACUCCAGGCAGCCCACUUGCAGGUCUUCAAUUUUGGACCAGCCCGGCGUCCAGGCCUGUCACAGUCCUGUUGAAUUGCACCAUGAGCC